UUUUCCAGUUAAAAUUUCUUUUCUGAGGGUACCUUCAGAUACCUUGUUAUAUUAACCGAACAUCAUUGGACUGGUAUUCGUUUUUUUCGGGCACAAAGACCACGUUUAUGUGAAUUCUACUUACCGGUACAAAUCAUCCGGGUAUUCAUAACAGGAUUUGUUCGCCUCUUCAUCGAGGGCCCAGUAUCUGUGACAGAAAAUACGUAGUUAUGGGCGUGGAUGUGGAAGUUAUCUCUCCUGGAGACGGUCAGACAUAUCCGAAAAGGGGACAGACUGUAAUUGUCCAUUAUACAGGUACCUUCCUGAAUGGGAAAAAAUUCGACUCUAGCAGAGACCGUGGGAUGCCAUUUAAAUUCAGAAUAGGUAAAGGAGAAGUUAUUAAAGGGUGGGACCAAGGUGUUGCUCAAAUGUGUGUCGGAGAACGUGCUAAGUUAACUUGCUCACCAGACUUUGCCUAUGGUCUCAGAGGACAUCCUGGAGUUAUUCCACCAGACAGUGUUCUUAUCUUUGAUGUGGAGUUGUUGAAGGUGGAGACUUGAAGAAUGUUUCAGGAUAUACCAAAUUGACUACACACAUCAGAACCACUGAUAAUUAAACGCUUCAAAUUGCAUUAUAUUAAGUAGUCAUUGCAUAAGUGGUAUGUCUCGCAUACUAAUAUUAAUUCGAUUGCUCAUACGAAACGAAAAACUUUUAAGAUAUCAAUUCUGUGUUCCACUGUUGCACAAUUAUAUAAACUAUAAAUUACAAUUGUACACAAACGUCGAAUGAUCAAUCGGGUGUGGAAUUUAAGAACACUUUUUGCAUACUUUUACUACUAAUAUGAUCACCGUAUACGUUACAUAAUUUGAUGAUAAUCGACUGCAUUUCUACUAUGAGUAAUUGAAUUAAAUAAAUCUUAAAGUAUUUGAUAUAUAAUCCGAUGCCUGUGUUCACUCCAAUUACUUAGUACUUGGUAAACAAUCACCUGGAUAUUUUGUUCAAAAUCUUUCAA